AUGAAUUCCAAUAGUACCAUCGGGAAGGUGUCCUUUGGAGAAUCCGAUACGAUAUCUCUGUCAUUCAGGGAACCGAGUAGCAGUCAGAUUUCGUCAUCAACGGAUGCUGCCUUCACAUCUACUUCGACAUUAAUACCCCAACAGGGGAGCCUGACUUCAUUACCCCCUGUUUCCAGUACAGUUAGUUCUGCAUAUUAUUCUCCAAGCUUGACUUCUGAUGAGACCUUGUAUAUGUCCUUCGCUGUGUCUUCGACAAAUACUUUAGUAUCAUCUACCGUCAGCAGUUCAUCGAGCGAGCAAGAUUCGGGAAGCUCCCAAUAUGAUCCAACCACCGCAUCAUACUCAAUAAUUACACCAUCCUUGUCCAUUCUUUCAUCGACGUCAUUAACAUCGUCAACGUUGUCAAUACCGUCGAGAUCGGCAUCGUCAACAUCAACAUUAUCACCAUCAACAACAUCGCAGCCAUUAUCAUGGUCAUCGUUGUCAUCAUCAUGGUCAUCGUUGUCAUCAUCAUGGUCAUCAUCUCUUAUGUUGUCUUCAUCUUCAUUAUCACCAUCUUCACCAUAUUCAGACACUAAAAUGUUUUCGCUCGACAGCAGUUCAUCUAUUUUUUCACCUUCAACACCUACCGCUGUAUCCCCCAGUUACACAUACUUGUCUUCUAUAUCUACAACUUCGUCCCAAAUCAGUGCCACGUCAGAUCUCUCAUCAACUUGGUUUUCAGCAAUUUCGUUGCCUUCUACAACAUCAAAUAAAGACACCACGUUGUCAAGUUCCGAUCGAAAUACAUCCACAUCGGUUUACACAUCAUUCCUUUCUUCAACGACCGAUUUUUCCAUCACAGGUAAAUCAUCCAAGCUCAAUUUAUCGGAUUCAUCCUCGACAGUGUUGACUAGUUCUAAAAGUACGAUUUCCAUGCCAAAGUUAGUUUCUAGUAGAAUAUCCAGCAGUACGUCAUUUCCAAACCGCCCUUCAUCAUCGUCAUCGUCAGAUGAUACAACAGGUGCCUACUUGGGGACGCAUCCUCUUCAGUCAACACUCUCUACUUCUAGCAGCAGUAUAUCACUCACCUCUCAAGUGCCCAGCACUAGUGCGACUUCCACGUCUCCCAUACCAACAUCCAGUCAAGCUUACAAUACUGCAGCUGUUUCAAGCUCCGAAGACUCAAAAACUAUUUAUUAUUUCUAUACCCAAGCAUAUGAUAUUACUGACUCCUCUACAACAUUCGUAACGGGAUUACCUACAACCAUAGCAGUUGCCAAAAGCGAGGUUACCUCAUUUUCCGCUCCAUCUUCAACAAUCACUGCAGACAUGUCCUUUUAUCAGCACUGGCUGGAUGGCAGUUUGGAUAAUAAUCAAAAUCAAGACACUUCAAAGUCAAAUACUGGCACCAUUGUAGGAAGUGUGGUGGGAAGCGUUGGUGGUAUUCUUAUAUGUGCGCUAGUAGUUUGGUUCAUGUUGCUUAGGAAAAGAAAAGCAAAGAGGGAAUUUAAGGAAACCGAUUCUUUCUGUCACGAAAUUGGGCGCAGGACAGGAUUCCCGACAACAGCCCAAGCAAGGAAGGCGUCACUUCAAGCUCAAGAUUCUAGAUCCCAGCAGGCAAACAUUGAGGUUGCUUCCACCAACAAUCCGUUCAGCAACGAAUUUAAUUUUAAGGCAAGGGGAGCUCCUCCCCCAGUACCACCACCAAGAAAUGCUACAUCCAUGAAUGGUUCUUCACAAAAUAUGCGAAGUAAUUUUAUUGACCCGGAAAACAGGUUUUCCUAUGGCUCUUCAUUUACAUAUUCAUCAUUGGGUUCCUCUACCCAAGGCGGUUUCUCUACUCUAUCUUCAAAUUCAAUACGGCUCGGACAUGGGUUAGAUAACAAUGUCUCAAAUGAUGAGAGAAGUUCAGUUCAGAAUAAUUCACAGGGGUUCUUAAGGGAAAUUAUAUGA